AUCCGCUUUGAUGAGACAUCCAAUUUAUGGCCCGAGCCCUUCUCCACCCUAAUCAAUUGCAUUUUCCCACUGGAAUAUGUGUAUUCCGAUUGGUUUCAAUGGCAAGCAAACAUUGAGGCUCAACGCAGAGAUCCAGAAUCUCCCGGCAGCUUACCUGGAGACUGUUUUGGGGCUGGAAGUCGCGUUGAAGGGUUUUGCAUUCCCCAGUUCCUCCUUAGGAACAGUGACAUUGAUCAAGUGAACGCACGUGCUCUUGAUAUCAAAGAACAGUGGCUCCCUGAUCUUGACUUAAUGAAAGUUGUUGAUUCAUUUGUUGAAACAAAUGAAAAGAGCCGGAUACCAAUAUUCACUGUUGAGCAUUUGGAAGACGAUCCAAAGUAUGUAAAGUUGAGGUUGACUGACGAGUUCAAGGAGCAUGAUUCGCGAUUUAAGAAUGCUCCCUACCUCCAUCACUCGUACCUGCUUCCUGACGCAGAUCACCCCAUGGUUAAUGGUGAAAAGGGUGUGUGGUCGAACGACGUGCACGGUCCGGUACGCAAACUCAUGAAAGCCGAUUUUCCAUGCCAUGAAGAGGAUCGAACGGAUGUUUUCAAGUUUCCAAUCGCAUGGCCUGAGCCUGCUAUGGAAUGGUUGGUCCGAUCACGCCCUUGUGGUUGGCCCUCUUCAGAGCUUGUUCAAGAGGUGUUCGACAGUGGUUGUCUUUUAGCACCUGUUGGUAGAGGAAAGCGCCUGUACGAGCCCAUCGAUACCUUGGAGUAUUACCGAAAUCCAGAACAGCCAGCGAAUUCCGCAGUGGCUGAUGCAGAGGGGAAAUGGGCCAUGGAAGAAACUGAGUGGAGAAUUUCAUUUUCACUGGCGGAAAACAAGCUCGGACGGAGUGUUUCACCCAUUCAACGGCACGUUAUGGUUUUGCUGAAGAUGAUCAAAAAAGCUUACUUUCCAGAUGUUAUUUCGACGUAUUAUUUGAAGAACCUGCUGUUCUGGGAAUGCGAGAGUAAAGGAGAAGCCUUUUGGAAAGAGGACAACUUCGCUAAGUGCCUGUUGUCUAUGCUGGAUCGUCUACACGAGUGCUUAGAAACCUCAGAUCUUCCAUAUUACUUCAUGCCUCAAAGCAACCUUCUUCAAUAUGAAGACACCGCUAAUCUCAAAGAAGCUGCUAUUGUUGUCGCCGAGGUGAGGAGAGCGAUACUACCGAAGACGGUCAGUCUGUUGAAGAGGCUUCAGUCACUAACGUUUCAGUCAAACACCUACUUGCGAGAUGUUGGCGUACCACUGAAGGAUCAUCUUCUUAAGAUGCAGGACCGACAUCUGUCAGAGGAUGAUCAUGGAAAACUGCUGACGGCUCUGCUCUCACUUUUUGUGGGCAAAUGCAAAGAUGUCAUCAAGAGUUUGCAGAGAACCACGCUUGAACCUGAUAAAGGCAAAGGAGUAGAAAAUCUGUUGAACGUUGCUUUGUAUGCUUACCAGUCGAUACUUGCCAGAAAUUUGUACAAGCUGUGGUUCUUAAUGACCAAGGAUGAAGACACCAAAGACGGAGAGAAGGAAGAGGAUGAGUUUACGUCAUUUGUAGGCGAGGAAGUGAAGGGCCUUUCUUUAGAUGGCGAUUUCGUUGCUCAGUCCCUUGCCUUCUUCCACAGCGCGAAAAAUGGAAUGGAGCCAUCUCGGUCGAUUCUUUGUUCAAGAGCGAUGAAAUACCUUAGGGAAGAACACGUAAGGAUGGCUGUCGAGAGCACAGAAAGUGCACUUGGAGAGUUAAAGGCAAAAUUCAGCUGGUUUAAGGUUAGCGUCCUGAAAGAAGCUGCGGAAAGAGCCACAAAGAAGUUACUAAGAGAGAGUCAUACUAGAGACACACUUUCAAAAGAAGCGAUCCAGAGUGCACUCGAAGAGGAAAUUCAAGCACUUCAUGGUGAAAGAAUAGGAAAAAAGUAA